CUGCUUGAGCCUGGAUUGACUAUCGAUCUAGUAGAGUCACAGAGAGAGGGAGAGACAGAAAGAUCUUCCCUGGUUCACUCUCCUGAUGUCUACAAGGGCCGGAGCUGAGCUGAUCCGAAGCCAGGAGCCGGAGCUUCUCCUGGGUCUCCCAUGCAAGUUCAGAGGCCCAAGCACUUGGGCCAUCUUCAACUGCUUUCCCAGGCCAUAGCAGAGAGCAGGACCAGAAGUGGAGCAGCCCGGACUUGAACCUAUGCCCAUAUGGGAUGCCAGCACUGCAGGUUGGUUUGACUUCCACAAAUGCAGAACUAAGAGGAUUUAUAGCUCAGAAUCUCAAUCCAGCAAAAGGUAACAUUUCAUUUGUCGCAUUUCCCGUUUCCAGCACCAACUCACCAACAAAGAUUUUACCAAAAACCUUAGGACCAAUAAAUGUGAAUGUUGGACCCCAAAUGAUUAUAAGCACACCACAGAGACUAACCAGUUCAGGAAGUGUUCUGAUUGGGAGUCCAUACACCCCUGCACCAGCCAUGGUUACUCAGACACACAUAGCAGAAGCUACUGGCUGGGUCCCAAGUGAUAGGAAACGGGCUAGAGAAUUUAUCGACUCUGAUUUUUCAGAAAGUAAACGGAGUAAAAAAGGAGAUAAAAAUGGAAAAGGCUUGAGACAUUUCUCAAUGAAAGUGUGCGAGAAAGUUCAGCGGAAAGGUACAACAUCGUAUAAUGAGGUAGCUGAUGAGCUGGUGUCAGAGUUCACCAAUUCAAAUAACCAUUUGGCAGCUGAUUCGCAGGCUUACGACCAGAAGAACAUUAGGCGAAGAGUUUAUGAUGCUUUAAAUGUGCUAAUGGCGAUGAACAUAAUUUCAAAGGAAAAAAAAGAAAUUAAGUGGCUCGGUCUGCCCACCAACUCUGCCCAGGAGUGUCAGAACCUGGAGAUAGAGAAGCAGAGGCGGAUAGAGCGAAUAAAACAGAAGCGGGCCCAGCUGCAGGAGCUCCUCCUACAGCAAAUUGCUUUUAAAAACUUGGUACAAAGAAAUCGGCGGAGUGAACAGCAGAACCAGGGCCCUCCAGCACAGAACUCCACCAUUCAGCUGCCAUUUAUAAUCAUCAACACAAGCAAGAAGACAGUGAUAGACUGCAGCAUCUCCAGUGACAAGUUUGAGUAUCUUUUCAAUUUUGACAACACCUUUGAGAUCCAUGACGACAUAGAAGUGCUGAAGCGGAUGGGCAUGUCCUUUGGCCUGGAGUCGGGCAAAUGCUCUCUGGAGGAUCUGAAACUUGCAAAAUCUCUGGUGCCAAAGGCUUUGGAAGGCUACGUCACAGACAUCUCCACGGGUCCCGCUUGGUUACAUCAGGGACUUCUGCUGAACUCCACCCAGGCCGUCUCCAGCUUGGACCUGACCCCAGGGGCCGCCUUGCCGCAGUCGAGCGUGAGCCAGGGCUUGUGCUUGGAUGCUGAAGUGGCCUUGGCGACCGGGCAGCUGCUCGCCCCCCACAGCCAGCAGUCCAGCAGCGCCGCCUCUCACUGCUCCGAAUCCCGAGGGGAGACCCCCUGCUCCUUCAACGACGAAGAUGAGGAAGACGACGAGGAGGAUUCCUCCUCCCCCGAAUAAAGACAGGAGAAAACCCGCGUUUUUAAUCUGC